UUAGGGCUGGCAGGGGGAAUCGAAACGCGGAGGAGCGAGAAGAAGGGGUUGAAACCCUCUGGGCAUUCUCGUGUUCUUGAUGGUUUGGGGACUUCUCCAGGAGGCGGUGGCUGCCAGGGCGCCCUAGCGCGUGAAGGAUCGAUUUUGGGAGCUCGGGCGGCAUGGCAUGGCGUCAGUUGCUGGAGAAGGGAGGCUCCUCCGCCACGCAGAUGGUGUCGGCGACAUCCUUGUAUGGGCUGGGACGCGCGAUUGUGUUGAAGCAGCUGGAUGCAGGGAUCGUGUUGAAUCGCCUCAAGAGACGCUGCAUGUCGAGCUACACAAGCAAUUUCUCGAGAAGGCUGGAGCAGCUGGAGAGAGAAGGAGGGCCCGAUGCUCAGGAGAAACAAGUGAAGUUUCUAAGAGAUCUUAACAAGGUGGAUCCCGAGGGAGUGAUUUGGUGGUUCGAGAGUAGACCACUUCCGCAGCACAGCGCCGGUGCUUUGGCCGAGUAUCUCAAAGCUCUCGUCAAGGUCGAUAGGCUCGAUGACAGUGCCUUGUUGAAAACGCUGCAAAGAGGAGCAACUGCAUCGCUAGGAAGUUUUCAAGCUGAGGCGCGACCGAUCAUGUCUUCGGCGUUUCCGGCAGUAGGAACAGCCACGAAAGACGGAAUUUUGGGCUCUCCCAGUGCGCCAAUCCACAUGGUCACGUCCGAAGGAGGUUUUAGAGUUCAAGUGUGGCGAACUGUUCGAACCUUGGCUCUGGGCUUUCUACUUCUCUCUGGCGUUGGGGCCAUUAUCGAGGACAAGGGCCUCAGCAAAGGGCUGGGUCUCAAUGAGGAGGUACAGCCAAGCUUGGAGUCUAACACCAAGUUCAGUGACGUGAAAGGAGUCGACGAAGCCAAAGCGGAGUUGGAGGAGAUUGUUCACUAUCUUCGGGAUCCAAAGAAAUUUACCCGUUUAGGUGGCAAGCUACCGAAAGGCGUCCUUCUGGUUGGGCCUCCUGGGACAGGAAAGACGAUGCUGGCUCGGGCAAUUGCUGGUGAAGCAGGGGUACCGUUUUUCUAUUGCAGCGGGAGCGAGUUCGAGGAAAUGUUCGUCGGAGUUGGUGCUCGGCGAGUGCGGGACUUAUUCGCAGCUGCGAAGAAGCGCUCGCCAUGCAUAAUCUUUAUGGACGAAAUUGAUGCAAUAGGUGGGAGCCGAAAUCCCAAGGACCAACAGUACAUGAAGAUGACACUGAACCAGCUGUUGGUGGAGCUGGACGGUUUCAAGCAAAACGAAGGCAUCAUAGUGAUCGCGGCUACGAACUUCCCCGAAUCUCUCGACAAGGCGCUUGUCCGUCCUGGUCGGUUCGAUCGGCAUGUGGUGGUUCCAAAUCCAGACGUGGAAGGCCGCAGGCAAAUUCUAGAUUCUCACAUGACCAAGGUUCCUAAAAACGAGGAUGUGGAUUUGUCGAUCAUAGCGAGAGGCACUCCGGGCUUCUCUGGUGCGGAUCUCGCGAACUUGGUGAACGUAGCAGCUCUUAAAGCAGCCAUGGAUGGUCAGAAGAAUGUGGGGAUGGAGGACCUCGAGUACGCCAAGGACAAGAUCAUGAUGGGAAGUGAAAGGAAGUCGGCCGUGAUCUCAGAAGAAUCCCGGCAGCUCACAGCUUACCACGAAGGCGGUCAUGCGCUAGUGGCGAUCCACACGGACGGCGCUCUCCCCGUCCACAAAGCCACUAUCGUCCCGCGGGGAAUGGCACUGGGAAUGGUCGCGCAGCUGCCAGACAAGGACGAGACGAGCUUCUCGCGGAAGCAGAUGCUGGCAAGGCUGGACGUUUGCAUGGGGGGAAGGGUGGCGGAGGAGCUCAUCUUCGGGGAGAACGAGGUCACGUCGGGGGCGGCCUCGGACAUAAAGUCGGCGACUCGGCUGGCCCGCGAGAUGGUCACCAAGUACGGCAUGAGCAAGGAGGUGGGGGUCGUGUCCCACAACUACGAAGACGACGGCAAGAACAUGAGCACGGAGACGAGGCUGCUGGUCGAGAACGAGGUCCGGGAGCUGCUCCAACGGGCCUACGACAAUGCAAAGACGAUCCUUACCACGCACCAGCGCGAGCUUCACGCGCUAGCGAAGGCCCUCCUGGAACGCGAGACGCUAACGGGGUUGCAGAUCAAGGCACUGCUCGCUCAAGUGAGCUCCCAGGGAGCUCCGCUGCCAACUCCACUGCCAACUCCACCCGCGCUCGUCCCCACUCCUCCACAGUCGGCAGCAGCGGCGGCAGCAGCAGCAGCGGCUGCUGCGGCGGCGGCGGCAGCGGCAGCGAAGGCCAAGACUGUACCGGCCGGGACUUGACAAAGCACUGCUACAACCAAGAACGAAAGAGAAAAGCCGGGAGGAAAGACAAGAGGUUUGCGAUUCAAAAGCUUUCUUUGUUUUUUCUUUCUUUGUAAAUCUUUUUGAUGGGCUUUUUGAUGGAUGGAUCUCAGCUAGCAAAACAUGUGGGGAAGGAUGAAAUGAAUGUAACUGGUGCACCAAGCAAACCACAGUUCUGUGGUCAGUUUUUCUAAA